AGUACUAAGUAGAAAAUGACAUCGGAAAGUAAUAGAAAAGAUCCGGCGUGGCAAUAUGUCCAUUUGGUGGAGGAGAAUAAUUUAAACAAGUUUGAGUGUAAUUUUUGUGGUAAAGUAUCAAGUGGAGGUGUUUAUCGGGUGAAACAACACCUUGCGGGAGGUUAUAGGAAUGUCACUGCUUGCCCGAAGUGUCCUUCUCAUGUAAGAGAAGAGAUUAGAGAGUUCAUGUCCAAAAAAAAGACACAAAAAGAAGAAAUGAACAUGUUGCCUGAUUUCGAUGACAUGGACAUGGAAGAUGAAGAUGAAGAUGUCGUUGAGAUCAAUGUCAAUCAACACCGCAAGUUGACAAGCAGUAGCCAAGGUUCAUCCAAAUCCAAAUCCAAAUCCAAAUCAAAAACGCCAAAGAGAAAAUGGCCUAUGGAUGUUUACUUCACACCCAAUCCUGAAUCAGUAGUGAAAAAUCGAAAAGACCAAGCAAAAGGGAAACAAACCAAAAUUGAUGCAAAUGACCCUUACAAAAAAGAAAUGAGAGCUCGGGCACUACAAAGAUUUGCAAGGUGGAUGUAUGAUGCUGACAUCCCUUUUAAUGCAGUAAAUUAUGAGAGUUUUGGACCAAUGAUUGAAGCCAUUGGCCAAUAUGGUCCUGGUAUGAAGCCACCGACAUACCAUGAAGUGCGGGUUACCCAACUCAAAAAAGAAGUGAAACAUACUGAAGAUUUAAUGAAGUAUCAUAAAGAGGAUUGUGCAAAAUACGGGUGUUCCAUAAUGGCUGAUGGUUGGACUGAUAAGAGAGGAAGGACAUUGAUUAACUUUUUAGUUAAUUGUCCAAGAGGAACCAUGUUUGUUGAGUCGGUUGAUGCUUCUAGCUAUUCAAAGGAUGGGCAAAAGCUAUUUGAAUUACUAGACAAGUUUGUGGAGAAAGUUGGAAAAGAGAAUGUGGUGCAAGUUAUCACUGAUAGUGCUGCAGCUAAUGUGUUGGCGGGGAGGUUUUUGGAAGCUAAGUAUGAACACUUGUAUUGGACACCAUGUGCUGAAAAUCACCCAGAUGGAAGCGGCUGCCUUAGCAGGAGCCCUGUUGAACAAGGCGGCGGUGGCGAAGGGCGAAUUGAGGAGGGAAAGGGAGAGGUUGGGCGCAAUGUUACCGUUCGAGCCCAUGUUGAGCUGCUCGCGGUCAAGUUGGAGCUAGAGGACGAACGCCGCAAGGUAGUGUCACUCAAGUUCCAGUUGGCUGGUGAGCAGAAGAAGCUGGGGGAUGCUCAAAAUGCCUGCACGGUCGCCACCGAGCGGUUUGAAGAGGCUAUGACCAGCAAUGAAGAACUGCGCGCCCAGCAAAUCAAAGAAAAGGAUGAAGUAGACCUAAAGAUUGCUGGGCUGCAGAAAGAGCUGGAAGAUGAGCGUGCUAGGGCAAUAGAGGAGAAGGCGAGGUUGGAGAAAGAGUUGGAGGAAGAAAAAACCAAGGCAGCCUCUGAAAGGGCAGCAUACCUCGAUCUGUACGUCGCAGCAGUAGAGCAAUUUAAGGUGUCUGCUGACUUUCAGAUGGCCAUCGAUGCUGCUAUUGCCAGCAACUUGACGAGAGAGGGGGCUGGGGGGGCUGGUCCGUCGGGGACGACCGCUGGGAGCAGGAGCAAAGACGAAGAAGCGAAAAGCACAUUUGAAGUAACCACCGUCAGGGGUGGUGAGGAUGAGACCAGCCCCACUGCCUUCUUUGUGGGAUGA